CGCAUGAGAAGUUGUAGUGUAGAAUAAUCAGAAGGUUGCGUGCUCGUCUGCUAUGGAUGGCGCCGAGGUAGAUUUCAAUGCAACCAGCGAUAUGCUGUCACACAACCCUUGAAGAUGGCGGGCAUCCAAUAGUAUGUUGUAGAUUAAUCAGUCCGUUCAUGGUAUCGAUGGCGAUAUAAAUGAAGGGGCUCUUGAACCAGAGCCUUGUGCUAUUGUUCUCGUAAAUUUCGAAGUAAAGCCCCUUAGAGCCUGUUGUCUACACUCGGGAAAUAAAUUUAAAGGUCAAGACGAAUUAAUAAAAGGUCAUUGUCGCGGUAUCCGUCCGUGUGUAACCAUGCCUCUUCCCUCUGACGAAAAGGUCGUCGAGACCAGCGGUGCUAUCGUCAGUACAUUGCACGGCAUUUUCGGACCGCAUCCUGGAUUGAGACCUGCACAUGCAAAAGGCGUCUUACUAAAAGGAACCUUCACUCCCACCGAGGCAGCCAAGACCCUCUCCAAAGCACCUCACUUCAACAACCCCUCAACCCCAAUCAUCGCGAGAUUCUCGAGUUCCACUGGAAUCCCCGAUAUCCCCGAUACAGACCCCAACGGCAACCCUCGGGGUUUCGCGAUCCGCUUCGUCCUAGCCGAAACACCUCGCCGCGUACACACCGACAUCGUCACCCACUCGGUCGACGGAUUUCCAGGAUCAAACGGACAAGACGCUCUUGAGUUCUUCGCCGCGGUUAAGGACGGGUCUAUCGGGGACUACUUAGCCUCCCAUCCAAAAGCACUAGCUUUCAUCCAAGCGCCGAAGCCCACACCAGCCAGCUUCGGCAAGGAAAAGUACUUCGGUGUGAAUGCAUUCAAGUUCAUCGCUGCCGACGGAAAAGAAACCUUUAUCCGGUACCGCAUCGUGCCCGCAGCCGGGGAGGAGUAUCUCGACGAAGCCGCGUUGAAAGAUAAAAGUCCGACAUUUCUCUACGACGGAGUUCCGGAGCUACUUAAGUCUGGCCCGAUCGUGUUCAAGCUAAACGCACAACUCGCAGAAGACGGUGAUGUGACUGAUGAUAACACCGUGAAAUGGCCGGAAGAGCGGCAGGUAGUUGAACUCGGUACUAUUAAGUUAGAAGCUGUAGCAGAUGACCAGGUCGCGCAGCAGAAGAGAAUUAUCUUCGAUCCGAUUCCGAGAGUUGAGGGAAUUGAGGCGUCCGCAGAUCCCCUCCUCGAGGUCCGCGCGGGUAUUUAUCUGCUGAGCGGUCGCGAAAGACGCGCGGCGUGAGGAUUGAAUUGUCGUAUCCGAUUCUGCUUGGAUUAGGGGUUGUAUAGGAAACUAGAUUAAUCAAUAAUCUAGAAUGAAGAAAACUUGGAUAAUUUAUGGAUGUUGUUCAAGUUGAAGAAGAUUUGGAGUGAUGAUGACAACCCGCCCUG